AGCAGCACUUGCGGCGAGAGCAGCACAGGCCGUACGCUCGUCAAUACGCACCAGCAGCCACUGCUUCCAUCCACACAAGUCGCAGCGACCAUCGCUCUGCAUCUUAUUGCAUCGCUACGACGGCAGAGGAGCUGCAGCCUGCAGCCUCACAGCCUCGACCACAACUCAGCUAAACCGAUGGCCGCCCUCGAAGCAUCCAGCGAAGAAGACGCUGUCGCCGCACAGCUCGGCGGCGACCAAACGGACGCCUGCAGCAUCGAAGACGCUGUCGCCGCACAGCUCGGCGGCGACCAAAAGGACGCCUGCUCCAUCGCCGCCUGGUACGACGCGCACAAAAACGUGACCUUCAAAACGAUCCUCGUGCCGCUGCCGGCGCCAUUUGUGGAAUGGCUCCGGAGCGACGGCCCCUGCGUGCUGCCGCGCACGAAACGCGGCGCCCGCGUCACGGCGCGGACCCAUAACAGGGAGGACGACUGCGAGCUGAGCGACUCGGACGACGACGGCGCUGCGCCGCAUUUUCCGGCGAUCGAGGCGGCUAUUGAUGAGGCCAUCGCCGCCGUCGGCGGCGCGGCUUUUGUGAAGCUCAACUGGUCGGCGCCCAAGGACGCCGCGUGGCUCGGCUCCCUCGAAUGCGCGACGGCCGGCGACGCCUUCGCGCUGCUCGCGGCGUCGUCCCUGGUCAAGGACGACGCGGCCCGCGCAUUGAAUGUCGUGCUUGCCGUGCGGCGGUUCGUGAGUGUGGAGCCGUCGCGCGAGUUCCGCUGCUUUCUGUUGGACGGGCGGCUCGUCGCGGCGUGCCAGCGCCGUGUCGACACGGUCUUCCGCGACCUGAGUGACGAAUCCACUCUCAAUGAAAUGCGCGCAAGGCUCCGCGCGUUCUUCGACCGGGCCCUGAGUCUCCCGACGCACUGCGUCGUCGACGUCGUGAUCGAGCGCCGCUCCACCUACUUGGUGGACGUGAACGUCGCGGCGCAGCGCACGGACCCUUUACUGUUCGAGUGGGGCGACGUGCUCGCGCUCCGACGUAACGUGGCUGGACCGCGGCCGCCUUCUGAAACCUUCGAGCUGCGGGUCGUCGAGGCCUCCGACGCCGUGCGCGCGUCGGCUCUGUCGUCGUUCCGCGCGCCGCUCGACGUCGCGGCCAUCGCGGACGCGGGGGGCCUGGACGAGCUCGUACGCCGGAGCCGCCUCGACGACUCGUCUGCUUCGUCGUCGGCGUCGUCGUACGGGGGUGUGGAUUAA